AUGUUAUCACGAGUUAUUGAUCAGGUAGUACAUUAUUGUUCGUUUGAUAAUUAUUCUAAUCCUUCUAGCCUCCUAGUCACCGUUAUGGCCAAAGGAAAGAAGAAAAGCAACCCCAACUCACCAACAACGCAGACACCGUUACACAUCAUCACGACUAGAAGCAAUGCUACUACCCAGGACUUGUCAAAAUCCGAUGCUCCUGAGUCUAAAGCUGCCCCAGCCACCGCUUCUGUAGAUCCUUCCCAUGCUCAAUCAAUACCAGCAGCUGUUCCUUUAUUUGGUCAUACAACCACUUCAUCUACUCCAAACAUCGCCAACAUCACGGCUCUUGUCCAAAGUCAAGGAAAUGGAGUCGCUGCUUUAACGUGCAGGGAAUGCCAUCUUGGUCAUUAUAUCGAUGCUAACGGAACUCUUCAACGCGGUGUGGAAGUUGCACCAGAAACACAAGAAGCUCAUGCACUUCUAGACAGGCGAGCACUGGCUCGCUCUCACAAUCAAAGGACCUCACCUUCUGUGUCCUCUCACACAUCCCCAGUUCUUACUCGAAGAACUUCAACGGCUCAUGAUGUAGACUUGAGCUCAAGAUUUUCACACUUAGGCAUUGCAACCCUGAACUCUAGAUCUAACGACCAAUCAAUGCUUGCUCAACCCCAUUUUACUGAGCAAGAAUUUCCUGCAAAUGAGCAACAGGGCAGUCCCUUGAGUUCUGUUGAAAGAGAAUCUCUAGACGAAACUCCAGCAAACAUCAAUGUGGAUGAUCAUGUUCCAUAUGCCUCUACGGAGGCAAAAACUUGCACGGCAGCUAUCUUGGCUCGGUAUUCAGGUGUACAGGACUAUAACUGUGGUGAUUAUCAAUCUCUACAGAGUCUUUUUGGUUGA